AUGCCUCUAGCCUGGGUGGACUGGGUGCAGUGCGACGGCGGUUGCGACGAGUGGUUCCACCAGGUGUGCGUGGGCGUGUCGUGCGAAAUGGCAGAGAACGAAGACUACAUCUGCGUGGACUGCUCCCGGAAGGCUGCCGGGGUGAGCGGCGGAGCCGUGACUGUGGAGGAGGUGGCAGAGGAGAGCGUCGUAGUGCUUUCGACGUCGAUGUGCAGCGUGCAGAACGAUGCUGCCAAAGCGGGCCUCUCCAAUGGCAUCAGCCAAGCCAAGGACCAAACGCCCUCUUUGGAGGAGAAGAUGGAGGAACGGGGCCAGUGGAGCAACAAAAUAGAGUUUAUUCUGUCAGUCGCCGGCUCCAUCAUCGGCCUGGGCAACAUGUGGCGCUUCCCGUACCUCUGCUACAAAAAUGGAGGAGGUGCGUUCCUCAUCCCCUACAUGAUCUUCCUGUUCACCUGUGGUGUUCCCGUCUUCUUCCUGGAGACAGCCCUGGGCCAGUACACCAGCGAGGGAGGCAUUACCUGCUGGAGAAAAAUCAGUCCCCUGUUUGAAGGUCUUGGCUAUGGCACCCAGGUGAUCGUGACUCUGUUGAACUUCUACUACAUCAUUGUUCUGGCCUGGGGGAUUUUCUACCUGUACUUCUCCUUCUCCUCAGACCUGGCCUGGUCGUCCUGUAACAACACAUGGAACACAGAAAACUGCAUGGAGUUUCAGAGGAGAAACACCUCAAUCAACCAAACGAUGCACCUAAACGCCACCUCUCCUGUCAUCGAGUUCUGGGAGAGAAGAGCACUAAGGAUUUCCCCAGGCCUUGACCACAUGGGCUCAUUGAACUGGGACCUGGCCCUGUGUCUGUUCAUCGCCUGGGUCAUGUGCUACUUCUGCAUCUGGAAGGGGGUGAAAUCCACUGGAAAGGUGGUCUACUUCACUGCGACCUUCCCCUAUCUGAUGCUAAUUGUGCUGUUGGUCAGAGGGCUCACGCUGCCUGGAGCUGGGAUCGGAAUCCAGUUCUACCUUUAUCCAGACCUGGGACGACUGGCAGACCCACAGGUGUGGAUGGAUGCUGGCACCCAGAUCUUCUUCUCCUAUGCCAUUUGUUUAGGGUCGCUGACUGCUCUGGGAAGCUACAACAAAUACAACAAUAACUGUUACAGAGAUUGCCUAGCGUUGUGCUUUCUGAACAGUGGCACCAGUUUUGUGGCAGGCUUUGCAAUCUUCUCCAUCCUGGGUUUCAUGUCAUUUGAACAGAAUGUUCCCAUCUCAGAGGUGGCAGAAUCUGGUCCUGGCCUGGCCUUCAUAGCUUACCCCCGAGCUGUGAGCAUGAUGCCUUUCUCUCCUCUGUGGGCCGCCCUCUUCUUCAUCAUGAUUGUUUUUCUGGGGCUUGACAGCCAGUUUGUGUGUGUCGAGAGCCUUGUGACUGCGAUAGUCGACAUGUACCCUGCUGUGUUCAGACGUAAAAACCGCAGGGAGCUCUUCCUGUUAGGUGUGGUCUUCUUCUCCUUCUUCAUGGGCCUCAUCAUGCUGAUGGAGGGAGGCAUGUAUGUUUUCCAGCUCUUUGAUUACUACGCAGCCAGUGGCAUGUGUCUUCUCUUCAUGUCCAUCUUUGAGACUGUCUGCAUUGCAUGGGUCUAUGGUGCAGAUCGCUUUUAUGAUAACAUUGAGGACAUGAUCGGCUACCGCCCAGGACCUUACAUCAAGUACUGUUGGUUGUUCUUCACCCCAGCCACAUGCAUUGGUACCUUUGCCUUCUCUCUCAUCAAAUAUACCCCUCUAAAGUACAACAAUGAGUAUGUGUACCCGUGGUGGGGCUAUGUCAUUGGGUGGCUGCUCGCUCUUUCCUCUAUGGUCUGUAUUCCGCUUUGGAUGGUGUACAAGAUCAGCACCACCCAAGGGACUUUCAGAGAGCGCAUCCAGUUGCUUAUCACACCAUCUGAUACCUUACCCAAAACCAAGAGGGAGCAGGAAAGGUUACUGGCCAUCUUUGCUCCUGAGGGAGACAUUUCCAUGGCUAGAAAUGGCUACUUACCUGUCUUAGAGACAGACUCCAACUUAUGA